CUACCUACCCAUUUGCCUGCAAUGAUUUAAUUUUUGCCAAUUCACAUUACUCAAGAACAAAUAUUUGUCCACUAAAAUAGGAGACUGUGAUCUUGCCUGAGAAUCUCAAGUUGACUAAAAAUGUUGUCAUCUACAUUGAAACCUAUUGUUGGUUCACUUCCCACAUUACCUGAACCCAGUGGCUCACAACCAAAAUCAGCACUUUCACUACCAAUCUUGAAGUUUAACAAAACUCUUCAGUUGACAGGCAAUGGAAAGGAGUUACCUCUGCAGGACACCACCGCAGCUGCUGUUUCAAGAAGAGGAUUGAUAGGCUUGGCAGCUACAACUUUAGGUGGACUUUCCCUUUUUGCUGCAGCGCCUGCAGAGGCACUUGAAGUAGCUGAUAUCGGGAGUUCAAUCAAGGAGCUGUUUGGAUUUCCCAAGGCCAAGCCAAAAACUGGAGCUGACAAUGAAAAGAAUCCGAAAGUUGAAAAUGAUAAGAAACCAAAGAUGGAAGAUAAAGGGAAACCAAAGAGUGACAACGAUGUAAAGAAGCCAAAAGUAGAAGACAACGGGAAGAAACCAAAGAGUGAAACUGAUGAUAAGAAGCCAAAAGUGGAAAGCCAUGGAAACAAACCAAAGGUUGAAGAUGAAAAGAAGCCAAAAAAUGGAGACGAUAAGAAGGCAUCAACCCCUCAUCAUUCAGAGAAGGAAAAAGUGUUAGCUCCUUCUGCUGCGCCAACCCUUCCCAACAUUUUGAAUAACAAAGCUCCCUAACUUCUCAUUUAGAAAUGUUGUUGUGCGCAGAUACGUUUUCAGAAACUGGACAGACUUUUCUAAUGCUACAAUUUAUUGUUGCUAAACUCAUGUCUAAAUGAUACCUUAGACAAGGCAUGUACGGGCCUUUGAGUUCCAUGUCAAGACUAUUGAAGUGUUUUCAGUUAAAAGAUUUUCAUUUUA